UACUACUACUACUACUUCUAUUAUUGCGGACAAAUCCGAGCAAUGUGGAAGAACCCUGUUAACUUGUCCAGAAGUUUGCUGUGCAUUGAAAACAGGUGUGCGGCAAAUUCACAAACAGUACGAGGAUUAGCAUCCGGAAUAUUUAACCAUGAUGACAAAUUUCUCCCUGAUCGUCAAAUCCUCAGCAGGAAGCAAGGAACAAGGCCACUAUUGGCAUUGUCCAGCAAUGUAAAGAAAAUUAAUCCUUCAUUCCACUGUAUCAAUAGAUGUAAACAUAACAAAUCUGGCAGAGAUGAUAUAUCGCAUCUAUUUAUUCCCGUCCCAGUCAAGGCGAGAUCUGAUGAAAUCAAUGUUGGAGCAGAGAUUACUGGGCCCCUACAAAAAGAAGAUAUUCUGAGAGUCUUGAACCGUUUCUACAGCAAUGAAGAUAUCAGAGAACUGGCUCGUGAGCAUGGGUUAGAUAAUUACCUGUAUCAGCAGACUUUUAUCAGCUUUCGGAAAUUUUGUGUUGAAUCGGAAUCGUUACCUGUUGAUUUGCAUAUAAUAAUAAGUGACAUCAUACAGGGUGCUGCUCACAUUCAUGAUAUAUAUCCCCAGUUUAGAAAACAUGCACUGAAAACUUUUCCUCACUUGAAUUGCAUUGAUGAGCUUUGCAAAAUAUCCGACCUUUCAACUCCUCCCAACUGGUACCCAGAAGCUCGUGCUUUAAAUAGGAAGAUCAUUUUUCAUGCAGGGCCAACAAAUAGUGGUAAAACAUACCAUGCCAUGCAGCAGUUUUUGUGUGCCGACUCUGGUGUUUAUUGUGGACCUCUCAAACUUUUAGCCACAGAAGUUUUCCACAAAAGCAAUGAGAAGGGUACACCUUGUGACCUGGUAACUGGAGAAGAACGAAGAUUUGGCUAUACAGAUGGCUCAGCUGCAAACCAUGUUGCUUGUACUGUAGAAAUGGCCUCUGUAAAUACUGUAUAUGAUGUCGCUGUCAUUGAUGAAAUACAAAUGGUAAGAGAUCCUCAGAGGGGCUGGGCUUGGACAAGAGCAUUUCUCGGUCUCUGCGCCCGGGAAGUUCAUAUUUGUGGCGAGGAAUGUGCAAUUGAUAUAAUCAGAGAAUUGGCAUUGGCCGCCGGAGAAGAAGUAGAGGUUAGACGUUAUAAGAGGCUGACUCCCCUAAGUAUUGAAAAUUCUGGACUGCAAAACCUAGAUAAUGUUCAUCCUGGUGACUGCAUAGUAUGUUUUAGCAAGAGAGAUAUCCAUUAUGUUUCGAGGGAAAUUGAAAGAAGAGGUCAUGAGGUAGCUGUUAUUUAUGGAGGUUUGCCUCCUGGAACCAAAUUGGCUCAAGCUUACAAAUUUAACGACCCAAAUCACUCCUGUAAAGUCUUAGUAGCAACAGAUGCCAUAGGAAUGGGCCUUAAUCUGAGUAUCCGUCGCAUUGUAUUUUAUUCACUCAUCAAACCCACAAUAAAUGAGAAGGGAGAGAAGGAAAUGGAAACCAUUAGCGUAUCAGCAGCUUUGCAAAUAGCUGGACGUGCAGGCCGCUAUGGAACACAGUGGGAACAUGGUUAUGUUACAACCAUGAAGUCUGAAGAUCUACCAACUUUGAGGAGGCUUUUAGGAAAUGUCCCACUGGAUAUUGAACACGCAGGACUCCAUCCAACUGCUGAUCAGAUAGAGCUCUUUGCAUAUCAUCUACCCAGCUACACACUCUCCAAUCUCAUGGAUAUUUUUGUGAGCCUUUGUACAGUGGAUUCAUCCUCAUAUUUUAUGUGUAUUAUGGAUGAUUUCAAGUUUUUAGCCGAUUUAAUUCAACACAUUCCAUUACAACUACGGGCUCGUUAUGUGUUUUGCUGUGCUCCAAUCAAUAAAAAGAUGCCUUUUGUGUGUGCAAUGUUCCUGAAGUUUGUUCGUCAGUUUUCUCAAAAUGAACCAGUAAGUUUAGACUGGCUUUGUCACCACAUCAAAUGGCCGUUCUCUCCUCCAAGUACUAUUCUUGAACUAGUCCACUUAGAAGAAGUAUUUGAUGUGUUUGAUUUAUACUUAUGGCUCAGCUAUCGGUUCUCUGAUAUGUUCCCUGAUGCAGACCUUGUCCGAGAUCUUCAACGAGAACUUGAUGAACUGAUAGAAGAUGGUGUUUCCAACAUAACAACUCUGGUACAGAAAUCGGGUACUCGCAUUUCAAACUUGGAUGACAGUGAAGACACAUUCAUCAUGGACCAAAGAAAGAAGAAUUCUAGCAAAGGACAGCUGAAGAUGCCACGAAGCCAAAUACAGAGGGACAGAAAGGAGAAAGGAAGCAUUGGUCGUGGUAGACUCACUGACAGACUAUUGGCACAGGGAUUAUUGUCACCAAAAAUGCUAGCAGAAUUACAAAGAGAAUGGCAGGAGAUGGGCACUGAUGACGACGACUUGCCUCCUUCACCAUCUAAACCAAAACCAAACAGAAAAAGAAGAGGCACCAAGGAGUAGGAUAUUUUAUAGCCAACGUGAAUCACCAAUUCAUGUAUAUAAAUGUAUAUAAUAAGUAAAAGUAUGACUAUGAUUAUUAGAACA